AUGGCUUCAGCUGCCUCCAGUCGCUGCCUCUUCGCACUGAUUUUAGUGCUCACUUCGAAAAACACCCACCCGAAGUGUAUUAUUAGCAGAAACGCGAGUUAUUGUGACACUUUACAAGACUUAUACACCGAAUCUACUCAUACUUUACAAAAAAGAGUAGCCAUCUCUGGGACUAACCUUGACGAAUUUAAAACAGUUCCGGUUGAAAGUGCAAGCAAAAUUGAAGACCUCAGUGUUACGAAAGCAGUCAACAAAAUCCCCGACGACGCAUUCAGGAACUUCCACAACCUGAAAACUUUGAGUCUCGUAGCCAACCCAAUCGAGCGAAUCGGAGCACGAGUUUUUCGGGAUUUGAGGGUGAAAGUGUUGGGGGUGACGCAAUGUGGGGUCAAAAACAUCGAGGAGGGGGCAUUUUCGACGUUAACACAACUGGAGAAGUUGAGACUUAGUGGUAACAAUUUAACUGAGAUCAAGAAAAAUGUUUUUAAUAACUUAACAGUGGACACUUUGGUUGUUUCUAAAAACCAAGUUGCGACGAUUGAGAAGUUCGCUUUCGCUGGUCUGCCAAAUUUGGGACGGCUUUAUUUGGACAACAAUUACUUAACCGAGUUCAAUGUUCAAGACUAUGUUAGUGACGUUGGGAAGCUUGAAAGAUUGUGGCUGCAUGGAAAUAACCUGACCCAAAUAACCAACUACAUGCUCGAGGGUUUGUUGGGUUUGAAAGUGCUCAAUUUGGGUUUCAAUUUCAUUUCGGUGAUAGAACCGAGGAGUUUUGGGGGGACUCCAAAUUUGAACACUCUGGUUUUGAGCAACAAUGUCUUAAAAACCGUCGAUGGUGGGGUUCUGCCCAUGGGAGGGCUAACCCAACUGGGUGUUCUCUACCUCGACCACAACCGACUCAUGUACUUGUCGUCGAACUUUCUCUUUCGACUCAACGGGUUAAAAUCGAUGUCCCUAGGUGGGAAUCCUUGGAGGUGUCCUUGCCUAGACCUACUCUUACGUUGGUUGAACGACAACGAAGUGAAACUCAGCUGUGAUAAAAACUAUUUCAGUGGAAACAGACCCGUUUGUGUGGACCCUUCAGCCUCCAAAGGUUGUGUUUAUUCAUACGACGACAAACUACUCAAACUAUUUCAAGACUCCAGCAACCAGUACCCCCCAGCUCCAUUUUGUUUACUUUAAACGUCUUAUUAAUAAUCGAUUCUGUCGCUCUUAGUGAUAAAUUAUGUUAAAGUGCAUUAAAAUAUUUUAUUGGA